AUGAAACACCAAGAAGAGGAUCAGGAUGACUCGGAUUUCAUUCCGAUCGCCAAUACGAUCAUUUUGGAAUAUUUGCUUGAACAUUGCGGAUCAGUUGCCAACGCACUUUUAAAACAACUUGAAACGAAUUAUAUCUUGGACGAUGUUUUUAUUCGUGUACGACUAUUGGUUUCACAAUUUAGAGAAUUACCUGAUGUAUUGAAUAGCACUCCCGAUGAAUUUGAUAAACGUUUGAACAAGUUAAUGAAAUCUUUACGAGAUCUUCUUUCCGAUAUUAGUGAUGAGGAUUUUGGAAAUAAGAUCUUUGUGUUGGCAAGUUUUGAUAAAAAACCGUUUGAAGCCAAAUUAGACAAGUGGGAAAAAAAGCUCAAGGCUUGCCCCCAGAACAACAAUAAGCAAAAACAAGCGGCACUUGAAGGACUGAUCAAUAAUAUAGACAAGCUUCAUGCAUGUCUUCCUCAACAAGUACGAAUGAUAAAUAUACUGAAAGAUUGUCCCAUGAUUGUUCAGCAACUACGGAAAGCUUCCAAAGUUUCAUCUAAUACAUCAACAUCAGCAAACUCAGAGACACCGGAAUCAUCUCAUAGGAAAGAUGACAAUGACACACAAACUCAGACUCGGCAGCAACAAUCAGUUGUAACACCAAAGAAGAAACUUAAACAAACUGUGUUAACACCUUUCACACCUCAGCAGAAAGAAGAAACCACCUUUGUGGAAGUUGUCACAAUUUCACAAUCUUCCACAAUUUCAUCAGUGAAGGAAAGAACAGCAGAAAUCGGAGACAUGGAUACAACAUGUGGAAUGAGCAGUUUUGAAAAAUCUACUUCCAAUGUGAUGGAUUACAACCAAUUCAUACUCAACAGAACUAAAAAAAAGGAUGAUGUGAAAUAUCAAGCCAUGGUUCAAGUAUUGGAAGAAACAAUGGAGGAUGAUGAAGCAAGCAUUACUACUGAAAAUGAAUAUGAGUCUGAUGAACCAGAGACUAUUCUCGAAAUUGAGUCAAGUGAAGAGGAGCGAAAAAAGCGACCAAGGAGAACAAGAAAACCUAAGAAAGAACGACUGAAUCCAUCAGUAGCUAGGUCAAUAAUUAGGGAAUCAGCGUCAACACCAAAAAAACCAAGUAGAUUUUGGACAGAGCUAGAGGUGAAAGCGUUAGAAUCAGGCUAUGAGGAAUUUGGAAAUGAUUGGGAAAGAAUCCUUAUUGAAUAUAGAGACAUUUUCCAUGAAUCAAGAAAUCCUUCUGCCCUUAAAGAGCGUUUCAGUCGAGCCUUAGCUCCAAAAUUUAGGGAAAAGUAUGGUCAUGUGGAAUUGUAA